GAUCAGAGAGACGACAUGCCGCUGAAGAGAGAAGAUACUGAGCGUGCUCUGCAGGUGAUGGAGGCCUGUCAGGCAGAAGCUACUGAAGGGGUCAAAGGUCGCGCAGAGAAACUGCUGAACAUCUUCCAGAGUGACCUCUUCCAGGCCCUGCUAGACAUACAGGAGUUCUACGAGCUGACGGUUUGUGAGAACCAGACGACGAGCCAGCCGCACACACCUGGACAGAAGUAUCGUUACCAAGACGAUGAGACUCCGCCUGUCGACCCCAGCCCCGGUCACAUGACCCACGGACGCAGCACGGAGCUGAGCAACGCACACCUGGACGGAUACACACACCCUGCCGCACUCACAAUGAACGGAUCAGAAGGAGAGCUGGAGUACGAAGAGAUCACACUGGAGAGGGGGAACUCUGGUCUGGGCUUCAGCAUCGCAGGAGGAACUGAUAAUCCUCACAUCGGAGACGACCCGUCCAUCUUCAUCACCAAGAUCAUCCCUGGAGGAGCGGCCGCCCAGGACGGACGCCUCAGGGUGAACGACAGCAUCGUAUUCGUUAACGACGUGGACGUUCGUGAGGUCACGCACUCUAUCGCCGUGGAGGCGCUGAAGGAGGCGGGGCCUGUCGUCAGGCUGUACGUCCUGCGGCGACGCCCACCGACCGAACGCAUCACACAGAUCAAACUGAUGAAAGGGCCGAAAGGUCUGGGCUUCAGUAUAGCGGGCGGUGUGGGGAACCAACACGUUCCCGGAGACAACAGCAUUUACGUCACCAAGAUCAUAGAGGGCGGGGCGGCACACCGCGACGGACGGCUACAGAUUGGGGACAAAAUCCUGGCUGUGAACCAUGUGUCUCUGGAGGACGUCCUGCAUGAAGACGCCGUGUCGGCCCUGAAGAACACAGGGGAGGUGGUCUACCUGAAGGUGGCCACGCCCACCUCGCAGUACAUCCACCCUGCCGAUCGAUACAGCCCCCCCGACCUGACCAGCUCCUACAUGGAGCCUGACUACAUGUGUGAUUACCCACAAGCCCUCCCUCCUCCGUCACCACGACGAUACUCACCUAUCCCCCGCGGCAUGAUGGGAGAGGACGAUUAUUCCCGGGAGCCCCGCAGGGUUUGUGUACAGCGCGGGUCCACCGGUCUGGGCUUCAACAUCGUAGGUGGAGAGGACGGAGAGGGCAUCUUCAUCUCCUUCAUCCUGGCAGGAGGACCAGCAGACCUGAGCGGAGAACUCAGGAAGGGAGACCAGAUCCUCAGUGUGAACGGUGUGGAUCUCAGGUAUGCGACACAUGAACAGGCAGCAGCAGCUCUGAAAAACGCUGGACAGACUGUUACCAUAGUAGCACAGUACAGACCUGAAGAGUACAGUCGUUUUGAAGCAAAGAUCCACGACCUGAGGGAGCAGAUGAUGAACAGCUCGUCUGGCAGUCUGAGAGGCAGCCGCAGCUUCUACGUCAGGGCGCUGUUUGACUACGAUAAGCAGUGGGACUGCGGCGUCCUAUCGCAAGCUCUGGACUUUAACUUUGGGGAGGUUCUUCACGUGAUGGACAGCGCCGAUGACGAGUGGUGGCAGGCCAGACGAGUGAACCAGCAGGGGGAGCUGGAGGAGCUGGGAUACGUCCCGUCCAAGCACAGAGUGGAGAGGAAGGAGUGGUCACGCAUGAAGAGCAAAGGUAGAGAAGGUUUCGUUCACAGCUACGAGCUCAUCACUCAGAUCGAAGUGGACUACGCUCGUCCCGUCAUCAUCUUGGGGCCGACCAAAGACCGAGUCAAUGACGACCUGCUGUCCGAGUUCCCGGACAAGUUCGGCUCCUGCGUCCCUCACACGACUCGCCCUCGGAGGGACUACGAGGCCGAUGGCCGGGACUACCACUUUGUGUCGUCACGGGAACAGAUGGAGCGGGACAUCCAGUCCCAUCGCUUCAUCGAGGCGGGGCAGUACAACAACCACCUGUACGGGACGUCGGUGCAGAGCGUCAGACAGGUGGCCGAGCAGGGGAAACACUGCAUCCUGGACGUGUCGGCCAACGCAGUGAGGAGGCUGCAGGCGGCUCAGCUUCACCCAAUCGCCAUCUUCAUCCGACCACGAUCCCUGGAGAACAUCCUGGAUCUGAACAAGCGUCUGUCGGAGGAUCAGGCGAGGAAAGCUCUGGAUCGAGCCAUCAAACUGGAACAAGACUUCCUUGAGUGUUUCACAGCCAUCGUGCAUGGCGACAGCUUCGAGGAGGUGUACCACCUGGUCAAAGCCGUCAUCGAGGAGCAAAGCGGCCCUUACAUCUGGGUUCCUGCCCGCGACAGACUCUGAUUGGCCCCUGCCAGCCACGGGCUCCAUGGAAACCGCUGACACCCCACCCACCCCCAUCACACCACCACCACCCCUUCCUCCUCUCAGCAGCGUGACCUGACGGGAAGCAGACGUUUGUCUUUUUACCGAUUUUAUUUUCUUUCUACGGGAGGAUGAUGAGCGAGCACACUGAUUGGAUGGAUGCUGUAGCCGCGGCAACCAAGAGAGAUGUGUUUUUUAAGAAUCGGGUGGACCUGUCUGUCUCUCCAUCCGUCUGUGUGUCAGAGGAAAAGAUGGAGAGAGACAGAUGAUUGAUUGAUUGAUUUUGUGUUGAUUCAAUAAUCAUGUAUUAUCAGUAAAUAAUGAAUCAGAGGACUGUAGAGUUCAAUUGGUAUUGAAGUAUUUAUAUUAUCGUAUUUAUUUAUUGAUUUAUCUAUUUAUUUAUUUAUUUAUGUGAUGUGAAAAUGGUGUGUGCGUGUGUGUGUGCGUGUGCGUUUGUGUGUAGUGUACAUAAAGACUUGUGUGACUGUAAAUAAAACGAUGGGGCUCAAACACACAGUCUAUUCAGGGCUUAAAGUAUAAAACACUAGACUUCAACAUCCACAAUCCCCCUCUGCUGGGCUACAACACCCUAUAACCCCCUACUACCUGGACUACAACACUCACAACCCCCUCUGUCUGGACUACAAUACUCAAACCCCGCUCUGUCUGGACUACAAUACUCACAACCCCCUUCUGUUUGGACUACAAUACUCACAGCCCCCUCUGUCUGGACUACAAUACUCACAAUCCCCUUCUGUCUGGACUACAAUACUCACAAUCCCUUUCUGCUGGACUUCAUCUCCCACAAUCCACUUCUACUGGGCUACAACGCCCUAUAACCCCCUACUACCUGGACUACAAUACUCACAAUCCCCUUCUGCUGGGAUACAAUAUUCACACCCCCUUUUGUCUGGACUACAACACUCACAACCCCCUCUGUCUGGACUACAAUACUCACAAUCCACCUCUGUCUGGACUACAAUACUCACAAUCCCCUUCUGUUUGGACGACAAAACUCACAACCCCCUCUGUCUGGACUACAAUACUCACAGCCCCCCUCUGUCUGGACUACAAUACUCACAAUCCCCUUCUGUUUGGACGACAAUACUUACAAUUCCUUUCUGCUGGACUUCAUCUCCCACAAUCCACUUCUACUGGGCUACAACGCCCUAUAACCCCUUACUACCUGGACUACAAUACUCACAAUCCCCUUCUGCUGGGAUACAAUAUUCACACCCCCCUUUGUCUGGACUACAACACUCACAACCCCCUCUGUCUGGACUACAAUACUCACAAUCCACCUCUGUCUGGACUACAACACUCACAACCCCCUCUGUCUGGACUACAACACUCACAAUCCACCUCUGUCUGGACUACAACACUCACAACACCCUCUGUCUGGACUACAAUACUCACAAUCCACCUCUGUCUGGACUACAACACUCACAGCCCCCUCUGUCUGGACUGUUCUACUCACAACCCCCUCUGUCUGGACUACAAUAAUCACAAUCCCCCUCUGUCUGGACUACAACAUUCUUUAACUCCCCUCAUCUGGACUACAAAGCCCUUCAUCUCCCACUACCUGGACUACCAGACCCACAAUCCCUCACUAAUUGGAUUACAACACCAUAAUUCCCCUUCAUCUGGGCUACAACACCCUAAACCUCCUCAUCUGGACUACAACACCCACAAUCCCUUUGCUGGACUACAACACCCUAAAUCCCCCUUCUGCUGGACUACAACACCCUAAACCCUCCUCAUCUGGACUACAAUACCCCUGUGCUGGACUACAACACCCACAAUCUCCUUCUUUUACAAUGGACAGUUAUGGAAAACUGAAACUGAACACUUCCAUUUUUAAGCAAAAUGUUAUGGACUACAUUACCCACAGUUCCCAGCUCUAGCGAACAAAUAUCUACAGCACAGAAGGACUACAUUACCCAUAAGUCCCAGCUAAAGAUCUUCUUACCAGAAUCCCUGGCUGUGGGUUUAUGCUACCCAGAAUCCUGCUGGAUACUGGACUACAGUACCCAUGAUUCCCUGCUCCUAAACAGGACCAGAGAUGACAUUAAAAAUCACGUUGCGGGCGGAGUUAAAGCUUCAGGCUCACAAAACACACCUGGACAGCGUGGGGGCGGGGCAUGGUCACCUGUGGCCACGCACCGCCUGUGUCCCGACUCCAUUACCCAAAGUGCUUUGGGAGGUCCAACACAUUUCCUGGAGGAGGGAAAUGUUGUCCUCCAUCUGUGACAUCAUCUGUGAGAGCGAGCAGUGUGUAACCAUGGCAACCGUGCCUGAUGGUGGAUCCAACAUGGCCGCUGCUGCUCCCAAACUGGUUUCGGAUGGUUCCAGUGGGGAUUUUUUAGACUGAAUAUCAGGGUCAUGUGAAUAAUUAUAAUAAUAAUUAUAAUAAAAAUAAUCAUAAUUA